UCCUCCUUUGCCUCCAACUCCAGUUCUGCCGCCCAGCCCAGGAAGAAGCAGGCGGCCGGCAACCUCUCCGCACCCUCGUCGCGCGCCUCCUCUCUCCUCUCCUCUCAGGAAAGAUGCCCGUGUCAAGCGUCGCAAAACCUUUGUCUUCUAAACCAAAUCCAUUCGAUUCAGACUCAGACUCUGAAUUUACCUCGAGGCCUACAAGAGCAUCAUCUUCCAACUCAGUUGAUCCUGGUGCCAAUGGCCGAUACAAGAAUGGGUUCCGCGAUUCAGGCGGAUUCGACAACCAAUCCGUGCAAGAACUGGAGGGCUACGUUGCACACAAGGCCGAGGAGGUCACUCAGAAAGUGAGCGUCUGCCUUCGGCUCGCUGAAAACAUCAAGGAGGAUGCUACCAACACUAUGAUCGCCCUGCACAAGCAGGGUCAACAGAUGAAUAGGACCCAUGAAACCGCUGCGAACAUUGAUCAGGACCUUAGCAGGAGUGAGACACUUCUAGGAAGCCUUGGAGGGUUCUUCUCAAAAACCUGGAAGCCCAAGAAAACUAGGCAAAUAAGGGGACCGGCAGUUAUCUCUAGAGAUGAUUCCUUCAAAAGAAGGGCUAACCACCUAGAGCAGAGAGAAAAAUUAGGAUUGUCUUCAAGCCCCAGAGAGAAGUCGAGUUCUCAGACGUAUUCGGAUCCUACCAACGCCAUGGAGAAGGUUCAGGUGGAGAAAGAUAAGCAAGACAAUGCCCUUUCUGAUCUUAGCGAUGUCCUGGGACAGCUCAAGGGCAUGGCUCUAGAUAUGGGCUCAGAAAUCGAUAGGCAAAACAAAGCCAUUGACGGUCUACAAGAUGAUGUGGAGGAACUCAACUCCAGGGUGAAAGGAGCCAACCAGCGUGCACGCCGUUUGCUUGAGAAAUAAUAUUGCCUCGAAAAUGUAUGAUUGCAGUCUUGGUAUAUGUCAUGUGGGGCACGUCUUACAGACGUGGGCCGCGCGGCCAGGAGCAGCCGACGGCCGCAUCAGGCAAGGCGCAGGCUGGACAGGAGUCCUGAUCCGGGCACAUUAGUUCCUAGACUAGUUUAUUUCGUAUAGGUUUCUAGUUUGUUAUUAGCCCAUGGGGCCUUUAUAUAUCAGAUAGUUAGCACCCUUUAGGGAUAAGGAAUAAA